AUAAAACCCUAUGACUGCCUCUGUCUGACAAAGGAGAGACUUGCUGGGUAACUUGCCAUGUCUCUGAAAAUGUCUCAAAUUUUGGUGUCUGCUCUGCUGCUUACAGGUGUCCUUGGAGCACCUUUUCUGACAGAAGAAUCAGCAAAUCAGUUUAUGCGACUUAAACGACAGAUACUGUUUUCUCAGAACUACUGGGACCCAAGCAGCAGCCAGGAUGCAUGGGGAUAUGCUGUAGCUGAACAGGUUAGUAAAUCAUGGAGAGCUUUAAGCGACACAGCACAAUACUACAUGGGCUUGGUUCCUUUUGCCUUUGAUCCUUCAACUGCUAAGUACGAUGGGAUUUCUCAACAGAGCAUUUCAUAAACUCAGAACGCGUUCGUUUACCUAAUGACAACAUUAGAUCUUACACGGAUAUGCCACAGCAGUCUGGGACUCACCUCCAGCAACAGACAAGGAUGAGCUAUUAAAUCCUGCAUGUCUUCUGUCUGACCAUGUUAGGAAUGGCGUGUUAUGUAUUUGCUGUUAUUGCUAUUAUGCAUUUGGUAAGAUGACUUUCUCUCAUCCCACUGUCUAAAACCAAAAUGAACAUGCUAAUCCUCUCAAUACUGCGUAUUUUAUAUUCAUAAGUAGAAGUGAGAUGUCAGUCAUGGUAAAUUGAAUAAGAAGCUGAAGACAAGGCAACCAUUAACUUUCAGCAGAUUAUGUUUAAAAACCCCUGUGUUUUCAGGUAAAACAUUUUUUGACUAAACAAUUGUUUUCAAAUGUUCAUUCCUGCUUCUGUGACUGAAAACCUCAUUUUUAUCUCUCAGUAUUUCAGCAACAUCUUUGAGAGGCAAUUAAGUAAUGGAAAUCAGUCACUUCAGGGGGGUAAAUGAAGUAGAGCACAUUUGCUUCAGGUUUGGCUAGGAAGAAGAGUAUACUUCUGUACUUAAGGGCAUUUCCAUUUCUUUCAAGUACUGGGGGCAAACUGGCAGGUAUUAUAGUAUAUAUCUGUAUCACACCUAUGCUUUGUUUUCUGUAUUUAAACUUCUGUACUUGGUCUCAAAUGCCAAAACCAGCUGAAGCCACAUCUACAACUAUGAGUUGUUUUUCUUACUUUGUGGAAAGUAGGAGCUGGUGGACACACUUA